AUGCGGGAGGCCGCGAGCAAGACAUGGGCCGCUCUGCUCUGGUGGUUGCUCGUCCCGGGACCGAGGAACACCGUGGGGCUGAACGCGACACGGGGACACCCGGGCCAGUUCUUUUGCCGGCCAGGUUACUACUGUCCAGAGGGCGGGAAAACUGCUGUGCCAUGUCCCCGUGGAACGUUUGGACCAAGUUCCUGGGCCACAGACACACGCGACUGCAUCAGCUGCCCUCCAUAUCACUACGCCCCCAGAGAAGGACUGGCUGCCUGCCUGCCUUGCGGGCCCAGAGCACAGCAGCCUCUUCCUGCCCAAGACAAAUGCGUGUGUCUGAGAGAAGGCCAGGUCUUCCAGGCCAGCGAUGGGCAGUGCCACUGUGCCCUUGGGUACCGUGCAACGCAGAUGGAAGACGGAUGCCAGCUGAAGGUGUACGAGCUCUGCAAGGAUGGAAGCGUGCGGGACCAGCGCGGCGAGUGUCUCAGCAGCGGGCAGUGGGAGCGGCUCUGCUCUCUCCAGGUGUGCGCCUCGCCGGAGCGGUACGAGGGCUACGAUGCGUCCCUGGGGCUGUGUGUGUGCACGGACCCAGCCUGGCAUGAGCCCACGAGGAGUGAGUGUGUGGGUGGGUGCAGGGACAGAUCCACUCCGCCUCUGCUGCUGGUCUGCAGUGCUCCUGAACUCCAUCUGCUGUACACAGCCUCAAACUCACAGGUGUAG